AUGAAGAAAUUAAUAAUUUUUAAAAUAUUUGAUCAACAAUUUAAUGAGCUUUCUAAGACUACCUCCAAUAAUUAUGUUCUCGCGACUUCUACUCUACAGGAUGAAAAUCAAACCUUCCAAAUUAAGGCUUAUCAAGAUAAAGAAUUAGCCUAUACUCCUUAGCAUUAAUGUGAUUGGAAACCCAACUUAAUAUUUAAUGACUAUUAAAGUUUUAUUGAACAUAUUCACAAUCUAGAAAAUUUAGAUUCUUAAAUGUGUUAUCAUUAUGUUGCUAUAUAAACUGAUUUAGUGAAGAAAAUGAAAACAAAGUAUAAAGUAUUAUAUAAACAACUUGGGAAAUAAGACAUUAUUAUAAUCGCACUAGUUAGAAUUGAUAAUUUUACAGAGAAGCAAAUGAUUUUUAAGUUCAAAAAGUUUAAAAAAUACUUCUACGAUAUUUUUGCUCACAAAUUAAAAACGCCUUUAAAUGCUUCGUUAGGCUUUCUAUCAUCUGCUUACAAUUACACUGAAAUGGACAAUACCAUCAAAUAAAAUUAUAUUAAACCAGCAUACAUAAACUCUAAAUUGUAAUACUUCUAAAUUUCAGAUCUUUUGGAAUUCCUAAAUCCUUAAUGUGAUUAAACCAGAUUGUAAUAUUGUAAAAUUAACAUGAAAUCAUUCUUGUACACACUUAAUGAAUUAAUUGAAUCCUAAUGUUAAAACAAGAAAAUUCCAUUCUAGAUUUAUGUAGAGAGAGUUCCUUUAAAUAGUAUCGAGAAAUUUUACAUUUCAACUGAUCUACUGAAAUUAGAGAGAAUUCUAUAUAACUUGUUGAAUCUAACUUAUAGAUACACUCCAUAAAAUGGCUAAAUUAAUUUACAUAUAUUCUUCGACUAAGCGAAUUCUUAGAUUAUAUUUAUUAUAAAUGGUAGUGGGAAAUUAUUUAAUGAUGAGGAAUUAUUAAAAAUAAAUUAAUGGAUUAAAUCUCAAACUGAAUUUUAAUAUAAAAAAAAGUAGAUUCCACUUAAAAAGGAGAUUAAAUUAUCCUUAGAAAUAACUAAUCAUUUGAUUAAUACUUUAAGUGACUAUGAAUAACAUCUCGAAAUUUCCUCUUCUUAUAUAGGUACUGAAUUCAAAUUCAGAUUAAUUCUGAAAGAUAAUAAAACAACAGAAGGAUCAUAGGAAUAGUUCACAAUUGGGUUUAUGUUAAAGCAAAAGAGUAACAAAAGUUUUAAAACAGGUACUACUAAAUAAAAAUCUCAUAAAUCGAUGAUCAUUGAACUUGCAUCAACAUCUCCUCUGAAUUCUUACAGAAGCAUCAAUGAACCAUAAGCAAACACUCCGAUUGCUACUCCAAUUAAUUAGACUAAAGUAAACAAAAGUUCUGCUACUUUAAAAAGAAUAAGAUCAUCUUUUACUAAUAGAGGGGUGAUUGAUUUUGAUAAGAAAAUCUUGAUUGUGGACGACGAACCAUUUAAUCAUGAUAUUUUGAUUCUUAUGAUGAGGAAUAUGGGGUAUAAUCAAUUCUUAAAAGCAUUUAAUGGACAAUAAGCUAUUGAUUUGGUUAAAGAGAGAGAGGAGGAUAUAUCAAUUAUAAUAAUGGAUUUAGAUAUGCCUAUAAUGGGAGGAAUUGAAGUAUUUAUUAUUCAGAUUAUAAAGGCUACAAAAGUCUUAGUAGAUAUGAUGUUUGAAUAAAGCCUUGUAUAUAUACCAAUAAUAGGUUGCACUGCUCACGAUGAUAAGGAAACAAUUGAUAAAUGCAUAUAAGUUGGGAUGCUCUAUGUAGUUGUAAAGCCAGUAUUUGUGAAAAGCCUUAUAGAUGCUUUCAAAAAAAUAACCAACACUGAUGAUACUAGAAAACGAUCAUUUUUGUGUGUCACUUCUUAAUUACAAAUUUGA